GAUAUUUACGGUGUUUUCUUGGUGGCCAAUGUGGCGCCUUGCGGUUGUGGCGGCUGCUGGAGCACAGGAAGCUACGGAUGGGGCGGUGCGGCUGGCAGGCGGAAACACGGAUGCCGGUCGCGUGGAGGUUCAUCGGGGCCAGUGGGGGUGGAUCUGCUUGAACGACGAGUGGGACACCGCGGCCGCGGAGGUGGUUUGCCGUCAGCUGGGAUUGCGGAGAGGCCAAGCGACCAUGCGCAUGGACAACGGGCCCGGAGAUCGGUUUUUUCGCCUGGCGCAGCGAUGCCAAGGUACCGAGAGCAGUCUGCUGGACUGCCACCUCACUGACGCAAAGGUCUGUACCGGCGCCGGCGGGGUGCGCUGCACCAAUUUCCUGCAGGAGGAGCAGCCACCUUUGCAUGUGGUCGGCGACCUGCGGGACUUGCUGGGACAGCCGAUGUUGCGCUUGGCCUGCGAGGCUGCGCCCGUCGCUUCCACCUCAACUUUGCCUCCUUUCAACUGCCGCAUUCAAGAGGAAGGCGAAUGCGAAGGAGCAAAUGAUGCGCCGAACCCGUUCUUGCAUGAGUCGCUGAAUGCCUUCGUGUUCAAGGAUGCGAUGAAGGCCCACUUGGAAGCAGCCAGUGCACGGCGCAAGUCUGUCCAUGCCACCGAAAUGAAUGCAAACUGGCGCGCCGUUGGCGUUGAGCUCAACUCGAGCUCGCAGUCUCAGGCGAGAGUGCGUGGUGUGCUGUCGCCCUUGGGGCGCUUGCUCUUCGACCUGGACGCCGAAGUCAUCGGCCUGAGUGGGCGCAAGAGGGGCAGAUCGGACCUGAGCCCAGGCGCCAGGCAGAUCUUCACUUCGCUGGAGGCGCAGGGCGCCCUGGAGCUCGGCCAACUCCAGCUCCCCCUGGGCCUGCAGGAGGAGGCCCUUUCGGCACUGGGGAAGGCCGAAGGGCUGGCAGCGGCGCGACCGCAGCUGCCGAAGUUGGAGCAGUGGCUCCGGCAGAACACAACGCUUGCGGCCGCCGUGGCCACGUACCUUGGGGGCCAUGCGAUGCUGCACGGUUACAAGGUGGUGCACUUGCCCUCAAAGCUCACGACGAAGGAGUUUGUGGCGGCACAUUGGCAUCAUGAUCGCACUGGUCGACGACUGAAACUGUUCAUUCGCCUCAACGACGUGGAUCCUGCAGAGGGCCAUCCGACCCAGGUUGCACUUGGCUCGCAUCGCUUAUCCUACUACUGGCACGAGGAGUUUGAACAAUCUCGCUACGAGGAUGCAUAUGUUCAGAAGGAGUUCAGCACGCUGCUUUUGGCUGGCAAGAAGGGCACUGGCUAUUUGUUUGACACCAACAGCAUCCACAAGGGCACACCGGAAGGCUCCCAGCACCGGGACGUGAUCGUGGUGGAGUAUCACCAGGCUGCUAAGUGCAGCGUUAUCUCGCAGUUGGGCUUGAACCUUCCCUGCCCAAGUGGCGAUCAGAGGCCGCUGAACUGGUACUUCCACCUUUCGCCGAAUGGCGUUCAGUGGCAUCCCCAGGAUCUUGAAUUCGGCUAAAAGUCCAGCCAGC